ACUCUGUCUCAAAAAAAAAAAAAGAAGAAAAUGAUAGGUCUAGUAUGGAUUCAUUUUUGUUUUAUCAGCAGUAAACAUGCAGAUUUUUUCCUCAGCAAACCUGUAUUAUUUAGGUUACCAAGAAAAUAUUCUUAGUAAGUUUAUGGCUUUGCCCUGAGCACUUGGCAGUGGACUGGGUGAACCAUCCAUGGGUGGGCGGACCUGGCCUUCCUGCUUCUCCUUGCCUGGCCCACCAAAUGGAAUUACUGACUUAGCUCGAUGCUUCAUGUGUGACAAGUGCAAACAAUUUUAAUGUAAAUGUCGUAUGUGGGAGCCUGCAAAUCAUCCUCUUCCACACACAGGCAGCAUCUCCUACAAGCUCACAGAUGGGAAAAGGGAUGUGCAGAGUGCCUGGUGAAGAAUGUGAUGGGAUCACUAGCAUGUCUGCGGAGAGCGGCCCUGGGACGAGAUUGAGAAAUCUGCCAGUAAUGGGGGAUGGACUAGAAACUUCCCAAAUGUCUACAACGCAGGCCCAGGCCCAACCUCAGCCAGCCAACGCAGCCAGCACCAACCCCCCGCCCCCAGAGACCUCCAACCCUAACAAGCCCAAGAGGCAGACCAACCAACUGCAAUACCUGCUCAGAGUGGUGCUCAAGACACUAUGGAAACACCAGUUUGCGUGGCCUUUCCAGCAGCCUGUGGAUGCCGUCAAGCUGAACCUCCCUGAUUACUAUAAGAUCAUUAAAACGCCUAUGGAUAUGGGAACAAUAAAGAAGCGCUUGGAAAACAACUAUUACUGGAAUGCUCAGGAAUGUAUCCAGGACUUCAACACUAUGUUUACAAAUUGUUACAUCUACAACAAGCCUGGAGAUGACAUAGUCUUAAUGGCAGAAGCUCUGGAAAAGCUCUUCUUGCAAAAAAUAAAUGAACUACCCACAGAAGAAACCGAGAUCAUGAUAGUCCAGGCAAAAGGAAGAGGACGUGGGAGGAAAGAAGCAGGGACAGCAAAACCUGGCGUUUCCACGGUACCAAACACAACUCAAGCAUCAACUCCUCCGCAGACCCAGACCCCUCAGCCGAAUCCUCCUCCUGUGCAGGCCACGCCUCACCCCUUCCCUGCCGUCACCCCAGACCUCAUCGUCCAGACCCCUGUCAUGACAGUGGUGCCUCCCCAGCCACUGCAGACACCCCCGCCGGUGCCCCCCCAGCCACAACCCCCACCCGCUCCAGCUCCCCAGCCUGUACAGAGCCACCCACCUAUCAUCGCAGCCACCCCACAGCCUGUGAAGACAAAGAAAGGAGUGAAGAGGAAAGCAGACACCACCACCCCCACCACCAUCGACCCCAUUCACGAGCCACCCUCACUGCCCCCAGAGCCCAAGACCACCAAGCUGGGCCAGCGGCGGGAGAGCAGCCGGCCUGUGAAACCUCCAAAGAAGGACGUGCCCGACUCUCAGCAGCACCCAGCACCAGAGAAGAGCAGCAAGGUCUCAGAGCAGCUCAAGUGCUGCAGCGGCAUCCUCAAGGAGAUGUUUGCCAAGAAGCACGCCGCCUAUGCCUGGCCCUUCUACAAGCCUGUGGACGUGGAGGCGCUGGGCCUGCACGACUACUGUGACAUCAUCAAGCACCCCAUGGACAUGAGCACAAUCAAGUCUAAACUGGAGGCCCGUGAGUACCGUGAUGCUCAGGAGUUUGGUGCUGACGUCCGAUUGAUGUUCUCCAACUGCUAUAAGUACAACCCUCCUGACCACGAGGUGGUGGCCAUGGCCCGCAAGCUCCAGGAUGUGUUCGAAAUGCGCUUUGCGAAGAUGCCAGAUGAGCCUGAGGAACCAGUGGUGGCCGUGUCCUCCCCGGCAGUGCCCCCUCCCACCAAGGUUGUGGCCCCGCCCUCGUCCAGCGACAGCAGCAGCGAUAGCUCCUCGGACAGUGACAGUUCGACUGAUGACUCUGAGGAGGAGCGAGCCCAGCGGCUAGCUGAGCUCCAGGAGCAGCUCAAAGCCGUGCACGAGCAGCUUGCAGCCCUCUCUCAGCCCCAGCAGAACAAACCAAAGAAAAAGGAGAAAGACAAGAAGGAAAAGAAAAAAGAAAAGCACAAAAGGAAAGAGGAAGUGGAAGAGAAUAAAAAAAGCAAAGCCAAGGAACCUCCUCCCAAAAAGACAAAGAAAAAUAAUAGCAGCAACAGCAGUGCGAGCAAGAAGGAGCCAGCGCCCAUGAAGAGCAAGCCCCCUCCCACGUAUGAGUCGGAGGAAGAGGACAAGUGCAAGCCUAUGUCCUAUGAGGAGAAGCGGCAGCUCAGCCUGGACAUCAACAAGCUCCCCGGCGAGAAGCUGGGCCGCGUGGUGCACAUCAUCCAGUCACGGGAGCCCUCGCUGAAGAACUCCAACCCCGAUGAGAUUGAGAUCGACUUUGAGACCUUGAAGCCGUCCACACUGCGUGAGCUGGAGCGCUAUGUCACCUCCUGUUUGCGGAAGAAAAGGAAACCUCAAGCUGAGAAAGUUGAUGUGAUUGCCGGCUCCUCCAAGAUGAAGGGCUUCUCAUCCUCAGAGUCGGAGAGCUCCAGUGAGUCCAGCUCCUCUGACAGCGAAGACUCCGAAACAGGUCAGGUGACUUGUGUCCUAUGUGUCUUACCAAACUCCUCCCACCUGUGCCCGGCACCAGCUCAGUCCUGUGUCCAGGAUGCUAGAGCCCACAGACGGCCAUCCCAGAACUUGCUGGGUUCCUCUGUCUGCCUGUCUGUGUCGUCUCCCUGGGGCCAUGGAUAUCACAUGCAGUGCGGCCGCUUCAGGGAGACACUUCGCUGGUUUCUGGUGGAUAUAGAGCAGUCUGCUGCUGGCCCCUGCCAUCAGCUGGGCCCCGGCCAUUGCCUGCUCCUCCCCAGACUGACUGCUCCUACCGGAGGUUUUGUAGCCUUUGCAUCUAAGGAUCUCAGUGACCAAGUGGAAACCCCAGAUGCUGAAAUUGAACAGCCAGAGAGGACAGUGCCCACUCACUUCUCCUUGUUGGCAGCCUCCUGUGCAGGAAGUGCCAGCCGGGCCUCAACGCACCAGCUGGCUGUGGGUCCUGAGGAGGAGCGGGAGGCGGCCGCUCAGCUGCACCAAUGCAACUGCCCAGCAGCCAUCACGACCCCAGUCAACCGAGCCGCUGCCCUGCCUCCCAAGCGCACCGGCGUCAGCCCAACCCGGCGCCAAGCCGCUUGUCACCAGCCGUUGACCCAACCACCCCGCCUCCCACAGCCAUGGCCCAACCGCACCCCAAGUAAUUGCGUGGAGGAUGAAGACCACCUGCCCCCACCCCUCACCUCCAUGCAGAUGCAGCUUGUCCUGCAGCACGUGCAGAAGGUGCAGACCUUACGCCGCUAUCCCUUCCGUGAAGGUGCAGUCCCAGCCCGCCCUGCCGCCCCACCCCACCCUCUGUGCAGCAGCACUGAAAGCAGCAGCCGCCACCACUCAGCCACGCCCCAGCCGCCCCAGCAGCAGCAUCAGCCCCCUCCACGGCCCGUGCACAUUGCAGACCCAUGCAAUUCUCCACCACAACAUACAACACCCCCACCACCCACGGGCCAGCAGCCACACCCACCGCAGCCUGCCAAGCCUCAGCAAGUCAUCCAGCACCACCAUUCACCCCGGCACCACAAGUCGGACCCCUACUCAACCGGUCACCUCCGCGAAGCCCCCUCCCCGCUUAUGAUACAUUCCCCCCAGAUGUCACAGUUCCAGAGCCUGACCCACCAGUCUCCACCCCAGCAAAACGUCCAGCCUAAGAAGCAGGAGCUGCGUGCAGCCUCCGUGGUCCAGCCCCAGCCCCUGGUGGUGGUGAAGGAGGAGAAGAUCCACUCACCCAUCAUCCGCAGUGAGCCCUUCAGCCCCUCGCUGCGGCCGGAACCCCCCAAGCACCCGGAGAGCAUCAAGGCCCCCGUCCAUCUGCCCCAGCGGCCGGAGAUGAAGCCUGUGGAUGUCGGGAGGCCUGUGAUCCGGCCCCCCGAGCAGAACGCACCGCCACCGGGGGCCCCUGACAAGGACAAACAGAAACAGGAGCCGAAGACUCCGGUUGCACCCAAAAAGGACCUGAAAAUCAAGAACAUGGGCUCCUGGGCCAGCCUAGUGCAGAAGCAUCCAACAACCCCCUCCUCCACAGCCAAGUCAUCCAGCGACAGCUUUGAGCAGUUUCGCCGUGCUGCUCGGGAGAAGGAGGAGCGUGAGAAGGCCCUGAAGGCUCAGGCCGAGCACGCUGAGAAGGAGAAGGAGCGGCUGCGGCAGGAGCGCAUGAGGAGCCGAGAGGAUGAGGAUGCGCUGGAGCAGGCCCGGCGGGCCCAUGAAGAGGCUCGCCGGCGCCAGGAGCAGCAGCAGCAGCAGCAGCAGCGCCAGGAGCAGCAGCAGCAGCAGCAACAACAAGCGGCUGCAGUGGCUGCCGCUGCCACCCCCCAGGCCCAGAGCUCCCAGCCCCAGUCCAUGCUGGACCAGCAGAGGGAGUUGGCCCGGAAGCGGGAGCAGGAGCGAAGACGCCGGGAAGCCAUGGCAGCUACCAUUGACAUGAAUUUCCAGAGUGAUCUAUUGUCAAUAUUUGAAGAAAAUCUUUUCUGAGCGCACCUAGGUGGCUUUUGACUUUGAUUUUCUGGCAAAACAUUGACUUUCCAUAGUGUUAGGGGCGGCGGUGGAGGUGGGAGCAGCGGCCAGGGGAUGCCUCAGGGCCUGGCCCUCCUGCAUGCUAUGCCCGGGGCAGGCCUGACGGGCAGCUGAGGAUUGCAGAGCCUAUCUGCCUUACGGCCGGUCGGACAGACGUCCCGCCACCCACCACCCCGCACAGGACGUCCGCUCAGCGCACGCCUUGUUACGAGCAAGUGCCGGCUGGACCCAAGCCCUGCAUCCCCACGUGCGGGGCAGAGGCCCUUCUCUCCGCCAAAUGUCUACACAGUAUACACAGGACAUCGUUGCUGCCGCCACCGUGACUGGUUUUCUGUCCCCAAGAACGUGACGUUCGUGACGUCCUGCCCGCCAGGAGUCCUUCCCCACACCCUAGCAAUCGCCGCCCGCUCCCAGGAGGCCAGGGCAGGCCCGCGUGGGCUGGAAGCGGGCGAGGCCAGCCCACCCCCUCGCUGGCACUGACUUUGCCUUGAACAGACCCCCCCCGACCCUCCCCCACAAGCCUUUAAUUGAGAGCCGCUCUCUGUAAGUGUUUGCUUGUGCAAAAGGGAAUAGUGCCGUGGAGGUGUGUGUGUCCAUGGCAUCCGGAGCGAGGCGACUGUCCUGUGUGGGUAGCCCUCGGCCGGGGAGUGAGGCCGCCAACCAAAGUCAGUUCCUUCCCACCUGUGUUUGUUUUUUUUUUUUUUUUCUAUAUAUAUUUUUUGUUGAAUUCUAUUUUAUUUUUAAUUCUCUCUUCUCCUCCAGACACAAUGGCACUGCUUAUCUCCGAAAUGGUGUGAUCGUCUCCUCAUUGAGCAGCGGCUGCCACCGCGCUGUGGGUAGUGUGUGACCGUGGCUGUACUGUAUAGUGAACAUAGUUGGCAUAUCUUUGUUUGAAGUUUGUUGGUGACUCCACCAAACUGGUGUAAAAAAAGAAAAAGCUCAAAAAAAUCCACAAAAAAGACAAAACACACAAAAAAAUCCGCCUAUAUUUUACUCAGUUUCAAACUUUAUUAGUCUAUUUUUAAUUAUAAAACCAGAAAGCUGCGAUUUCUUUUCCUUCCCCUCCCCCCCCCACCCAUUUGUUGGCUUUUUUGUUUUUUAAUGUCAGAUCUGUUGAGUUGGGUUUUUUUGUUGUUGUUGGUUUUUUUUUUUUUUUUUUUUUUUUUUUUUUUUACUGAGAAAGGAAGGGCCAAGGGAUGAGGUGGGCACCAGACCCUGGGGGCGCCACAGACUGAGACUCCCCCACUUGGCGCCCAGCCCUGACCAGCUGGCCGCUCCUGCCCAUGCUUUUUUUUUUUUUUAAUUUUAUAAUUGGAGCCCUUGGUGAGGUUACGCGUGCCAUGAGAACCCACUCUACACCAUGACGCUGGUGCCUCAGUGUUGGCCAAACUCUGGAGUCACUGACUGGUUUGACUUUCAUACGGUGAAUAUGCAUUUGGUCUGUACUGAUCAUGGAAUAAACACAUCUCUCUUUUUUAAU